AUGGAAAGACUAAGAAAGGAACCAUGCAUCUUCUCUAGUCAAGAGCUUCCUCAAAGUCCAAGCACACCAUUACAAAAUCAACAUGAAAAGAAGAAACAACAAUCUAUUGAUCAUGAAGAAGAAGAAGAUGUCACAAUCUCAAAGGUAGAUGUUUCAUUAUUUGAUUUAAAUGUAUCUACCAAUGAUGAUUUUGUUCUUGAUUGUAAUAAUAAUAAUCAAGAACUCAAUCUCAUAACUUCUUUAGAUGUUGCUAAUGAUUCAUCAUUAGAGAACACUAACCUUGUUGAGGUGGAACAAAGAGUUUUUUCUUGUAACUAUUGUCAUAGAAAAUUCUAUAGCUCACAAGCAUUAGGUGGACACCAAAAUGCUCACAAAAGAGAGAGAUCCAUAGCAAAAAGAGGACAAAGAUUUGGAACACAGAUUAUAGCUUCAGCUUCUGCUUUUGGAUUUCCAAUUAUGCAUAAUAAACAAACCUAUUCAAACAUGGCUUCUUUGCCUCUUUAUGGUGCUCUUGGAAUUCAAGCACACUCCAUGAUUCAAAAGCCUUCUAAUGGAUUUGGAAGCUCUUAUGGACAUCAUCAUCAUCAUCAUCAUGGUUGGUCAACAUCAUCAUCAGCAUUAUCAGCAUCAAGAGGAAGUGUUGGUAGAUUUGAAGUGGUGGACACUAUGAAAAACUCUGCAGCUAGUGGAUAUUUUGUGAGUGGUGGAACAAAUUUGAAGACUCAUAUGAAUCAAGAAGAAAUGAAGCAGAAACAUCUUGAUUUAUCUCUCAAGCUAUGA